UUUUUUUGUUUGUGGUUGUCAGUGGUUAUUUGUUUACGAAGCGUCCUUUUUUAUUGUUCUAUUGAUUUAACUACAAUUUUGCAAUCAAUAAUUUUAUUUCUGCAAAAUACACCCAAGAUGGAUCCGUUCAAUUCUCAUGUAAACAACAUGUUACUUUCAAUGGCAAAAGGAUUAGAUAUCACAGACAGGGAAAGUCUCCCGUUUCAAAAAGAAGAAGGGUCAUUCAAGAGAUAUUAUCCAAACCAUUGCCAAAUUUGCCAGUGUAUUGACAACGAGAAAAGUCCUCUGAAAAGAUGUUCUCGCUGUCAACUAGUUUCUUAUUGCGGAAAAGAGCAUCAAGCGCAAGAUUUUAAACAGCAUAAAGACCUUUGUAAAGCAUUGUCUAAACUGGGUGGUCCUCGUCUCUUUGUAGAUUUAAAGAAAACUCAAUUUUCGGAGGAUGCUCCGAUCGAGACUAAAAUAAUGCUAAUGGCAAAACGAUCAUUUCUCAAAAUGGACAUUCUAUCACAAAUCACUACACAACUCAACAGGAAACCCUACUUUUAUGAACUUCAGAUUGUGAAUUUUCCGAGGGUCUGCUCUGUCUGUUUUGAAAGUAAUCCGACAAAGUUACAAAGCUGUCCAAAUUGUCCCCAAUCCAGUUUUUGUGUCGAACACCGGGACGAUCCCUCACAUUCAAAAAUCUGCUCUUGUUUCAAUCUCGCUCGUGAAAUCGAGUUUGACGAAGUGGGUAAAAUGUGUUUUAAAGAGGAGAAGACGACACUCGAGACUUUCAAAUUCCCAUGUCAGAAAAACAAGAUUUUACCAAAAUCCAUGAAAGACUUUUUAAAGGACGAUUCAUGCCUUCAAGUAAAAAGAACUAAGAUUGUGAAACAGCUGCUUUCUGAACGACUGUGGCAAGUUUACGUCUCAGAAUUAAUUAGUUGCCCAUUGACGCUUUUGUAUGCCAAGGAAAAAUUGCAGCUUCAAGUUGAAUCAAAUUUCGUAAUUCACGUAAUUGGUUCUACUCGUCAUGAAAUUCAAGGCGUGUUUUGGGAAUUGAUUUUGCACUGGCUACCGGCUGUGACUAGGCUGGAUAUUGUUUUCAUUGGACCCGAGUUGAAAUAUUUUCCAACUUUAGAAAAAGAAAGAACUCAGCAGACUUGUAAAGACUGUAAAGGACGAAAGUUGAAUUUUCACACAUUCGAUGGAUUUUAUGAGAAUUAUGAUGACCGUGAAAACUACUUUAGGCCUAAUAUAGUUGCGGCUUUUAAUGCUGGAUUGGCUGCUUAUCCCACUUGGAUCCCUGCACUCAAUAAAAUAGCGAGCAUUCACUGUCCGUUUAUAGUUACUUCGUAUUCGGAACUUCAAGCUCGUCAGGAUGAUAAUUGGUUCAAGAAUUUGGUUUCUGGAGCUGAAUAUCUUUCACUGGAACUGAAUCCGUUUGCAAAUUUCAAAUACGAAAGAAGUCCUGAAGAUGAGAAAGUUUUUGUGCAGAAUGAAUACCUGACCAUUUAUGAUUCGUUCUAAUCAACCAGGAGAACAAGGAAUCUGAAUUGUAAUAGAAGAGUGAAUUUAAGUUUCGACUAAUUGUAAGUCAAACGUGAAUUACAAUUUUCAUCUGCGUUGUGAUUACCGAGUUGUCUGUAAUUGUUCAUGUUUUAGAAUAAUAGAUACAGUUUUUAUUCUUUUUUUAUGUUAAUGCCUUCAAUACUAUCUAUUUAGUCAAUUUUUCUUUAAAAACUUCCAGUUUGUGAGUACAAGAUUUCAAAAUGUUUUUACUGAAAUUAGUUUUAAAAUUUUAACAUCUCCUAAUCUCUAUUUAUUACAGGAUAUUAAAUUUAUUCAAAGCCGCGUUCCUAUUUUCAAGUACUUUUCUAUUGGACCAAACCCAUUUGCAACUUAUUCGUGUAUGAGAAACACAGAUGAUGAAAAAGUUCACACUGAACGAGAUCGUAACAUUUAUAAUUCUGCAGAAACUUGUAAAUCAUUUUUUGUUCAUCAAUCGUGUACUGUAAAAAACUUGAGUUACUUUAGAAUUUUUGGUUGCAUGAUAUAUUCUUCUAUGCAAACUGUAAAAAUUUCCGCUCUGAUAAAAAGCAUCUCAAAUUAAAGAAACCAUUUUGUCGACUUGAUGCAAAGGAAAUAAGUUGUUGCGAUUGAAGUACUUGAGCCCGUUUAUAAAUAAGGUAGAAAUGUACGUUUUUAUUUGAUGACUUUAUGAUUUCCACAAUUCUGUAUUUACGCGUAAAGCGUUUAAUAUUAUGAGAUUCAGAAUAAUCUAGAAAAGUAUAAUUCAGAAACUUUAAGCCAACUUGAUAUUGUCUCAUAGAUAUUAUUGUGUUACAUUGCCUAGAGUUAUCUUCUCCAUUUUUCAAAGUUGAUGAAAAGCAAUUUUAAUUUUUGUAUUGUCUUGUUCUGUAUUUGAAGUAUUUUUUACUGAAUAUUCAAAUAGUUAUUUUUAGGUUAUUAUAAGGCUGCUAAUUUUGUAUU